GUGCCAUCAUUUGGUAGACUUCUAGCAGCUACUUUGUAUCAAUAUGUCUAAUGGACACUAGGCCAUUAAAACUCAGGAAAACAGAAGAACAGAUUCCGCAAGGGAAACAAUUGAAAGUCCCAGCUCUCUAUAAUCAAUGCAUUCGAUACAUAGCAAAGAAUUUACAUAUGGUGGAAAGCUUUAGUGGAUUUCCUGAUCUAGUGGCAUCAGAUAUUUUUAAGGAAGCCGAAAAGUUGAGGAAAUUUGACAUAGUAGCUUCCGAAAUUCCAUCAAAGAAUGAUUCACUUAAAAACAUUCAGUUAUUCUGUGAGGUGUAUUCAGAUUGUGUCCUGUCCAGUUUGAAUUUAUCUACCUGUUACUUAGGGUUGAAUUACUGUUUGGAACACUUUUUGACAUUUUAUGGACUGCAUUCUUUGGAUGUUUCAAACUGCUUCCUAGGUGAUGACCAUGAGAUUUUAUCACAUAUUGCAAGUUUAUUAUGUUUGAAGGAGCUGAACUUAAGAAAAAACUGUCUGUCUGAUAAGGGAGUGUGUAAUUUGUAUGCACCAUUUAUGCUCUUCAAAAGAGGUCCAGAACAUUUGACAGUAUUAGAUAUUUCAGAAAAUGGAUGUGUAUCAAAGAAGAGUGUCCAGAAACUCAAAUGCUUCACCCAUCUACAGAAAAUUGAUGUCACUGGAACAAGUGUCAAGGUGAAGGAAAUGAGCAAUGAAUGGAGGCUAUACCCAGAGAAAACAGACUCUCUGUUGUCUAUAAUUAACGAAGGAUGGGCAUCCGAGCUAGUUCAAAAGUGGACCGUUCAAGCCAUACAGGCACAAAACAGUAACAACCAAGAAAAAAAGACGUCGAAGUUCUAUUCCUUACUCAAGAAAAAGAGUCAGGUUGCAGUAAAGGAUGCUAGUGUAGUUUCAUUUGUACCGGGAUACAGACUUAUCCUCUACAGAAAUCGCACUAAAAACCCAGUCCCUGCACAGCAGAGCAAAGUUCAUACAAAUACUGAGCAGGAUACAUGUGCCUCUAUGAACUCAAUAAUAGAUUUGUAUAAAGUGAAGGAUGAUCCAAGAUGAAAUUUUAAAAAAAAUUGCUUUUUGAAUCAUACUAAGCUAGUUGUUCUUUUCC